GUAACACACGUUUUCAUCUGUGUGUGGCGGCGGCAUCGUACGUGUUUGUGUAGAAAGAAGUUGGGUGUGCAGCGGCAGCAUGUUGGAGGAGACAGAGACAACCCGGGACAACACAGAGGACAUGUCGGGAGGCAUGGAAGAAACCAGGGACAGUAAUCUCUACAUCGACACUGACUCGGACGCAGCCAAGACGACUGAUCCUCCCAAGUUGAGAGUCAAAUGGACUCAGGAAGAGGAUGAAAAUCUCAAAAUUCUGUUCAGCAAAUUUCAGGACGAUUGGAGAACCAUCGCCUCUGUUUUACCCGGUCGAACAGUAAUCCAGUGCAGGCGCCGCUGGCAUUAUCGUCUGAAUCCUGAUAUAGUGAAAGACAACUGGACCAGAGAGGAAGAUGCAAAGAUAGCAGAGCUGGUGCGCUUGUACGGCACCAGCCAGUGGGCUUUUAUUGCCAAGUCCUUAAAAGGGCGGUUGGGGAGAGAUUGUCGUUUGCGAUGGCACAACCAGCUUGACCCACUGAUCAAAAAGAACCCCUGGACCAACAAAGAAGAACUUAUCCUCUACAAAGCCCAAUCCGUCCUAGGGAACAAGUGGGCGGAGAUUGCCAAGCUGCUCCCUGGAAGGACAAACACGUCCGUGAACAAUCACUGGAACUUCAACAUGAAACAGAAGGUGGCUCUGGGCUUGUUCAAAGGUGCUGCUGAAAGCAUUUCCCUUGAUACUCAAUCGUCUGCAGAAGGAGAGGUCAGGCAGAACUCCAAACAGGAGGCGGCUGAUCCACCUCCAGGAGCUUUGGCCUCAUUGGGAGAGGUCACCUCUCCGAGUCCCCCCUUGACCCCCAGCUCGAGUUCCAGUCCCAGUCCCAACUCAGGUGCUUCUCCAGCAGCCACGGCGGUGGACCAGAAAAAGUUUGUUGAUGCAGCACUGAGGAUGAUCGCUGAAGACAUGCUGCCAUUCAGUUUUUUGGAAGGCGCAGGCUUUAGGAAUUUUGUCAGUUCCCUUAGCCCUGAAUACAACAGGCUAACCCAGCGGGCCAUGAGCCUGCAGCUUUACAACGAUGUGGAAAGAACAAUCAAGCCUCAGCUGAUCCGUGACUUUAAAGCCUGCCUUGCAAGCCACAAAGAUGGUGAGAACCCCAUUCAUGUCACGUUUGACCUUUGGGCUGGGAACGAGUCCCAACCAGGGGAGGAGCCCAUCGUCGUCGUGCAGCUCCACUUUGUCAGUGAUUCCUGGCAGAUCCGGCGUCCCAUCGUGGCUUUCCGACAACUACGCCACAAAAACAUCCCUGCCGCUGUGGCCAAAGAGCUCGAAGACGUGCUGCUCAGCUACGGCAUAUUUCCUCGCAGCAUCGGCUUCAUCCUCACCAACCAGGCCAAAGAAACCUUGUCAGAGAACAACUUGUUCUGCGACUACAAAAUCAUCUGCUCCGCCAACAAGGGAGAACCAAAUGGGAAGGAGACACUGACAUUUUUGUCCAACCAGUUGCCAGAAACCGAGUCCCCUUUUUCCGAGACGCAGAUCGGGAAAAGGAUCACCUGUGUGGCCAAGACACUGCAGCUAGUGAUCAAGGAGGCACUGAGGAACUCCAGAGUGGUGGAGAACAUGCUCUUACAGGUCAACAACGUGGGGGCUUUCUUAAGGAGCAGCGCCUACUGGAGUGAGGUUUUGUUGAGGGAGUACAAUGUGUCUCUGUGCCCACCUUCCAGUAGCUGUCGCUGGAACUCCAUGAUGCUUUCUUUACGCCGCAUGGUGCAGGAGACUGCCUGGAGCGCCGUGUUAAAGGUCCUUGCCCUGGCCCGCAUAGAGGCCAGCGACACAGCCAGCGCCCCUCCAUUGAUCAUGGUCAAGAGGGAGCAAGUUUUGGACAUCCUGAGUCUCCUUGAGCCCUUUGAGGAGGCCUUACAGGUCCUGCAAGGAAAUGGUGUGACCAUAUCUUUCAUCAUACCCUCCCUCGUUGGACUGGAUAAAAUCUUGGAAAGCAGUGCCACCAACUACAUCCACUUCAACAAGGCUCUACGCACAGGCCUCUACACACAGUUCCAAUCCCUAAUUCACCAGAGGGAAAUGAUACUGGCUGCUGUGCUUAACCCUAGGAUCAAACUGCAGCCUUUUGCUGCUGUCAAACUGGAUUACAAGACAGGUUUCCUGUCUCCUCCAACAAAGUACCUUGCUCACACCAUCAUGGAAGCCACAUUAGAAAAAAUGGGGGCCUUACCACCUCCCUGUGUGCAAACAGAUAUAUACCAGAUCAAGAAGGAGUUUAAACAAGAGCCAGAGGACCAAGAGGAGAACCAGACCAACACACUAAUGGAGGCAUCUGGUGCCUGCGAAGAUGAAAACAACCGCGAUGGAGUCAGUGGAAAUGAACUCAAGCGCAAGUCCAUCUUCAGCUUCCUCCAACUGCCUGCAAAGACCAUAAAGUCUGAGUCUGAGCUUGAUAUGUACCUGGCUGAGCCACUGUGGGAGAGCAACUCCAGUUUACUGUUUUGGAAAUCUGCUGAUCGGUUUCCCAUGCUCCAGGCAAUCGCCAAGAAGCUGCUGGCAGUACCAGCCACCUCAGGCGGCUUCGACAGACUCUUUCCAAUGGCUGCAUGUAUUGUAAGAGCCAAGAGUAACCACCUCCCGCAUCACACCACAGAGAGACUGCUUAUAUAUAAGGACUCCACAAAGACUGUUAAAAAGCACAAUGGGGCCAGUAAACACUGAUGGAUCCAGUCAUGAAUGGCUCUGGUUGAACUUUUCUCCAUACUCACUGUUUCAUGCUAGUCACAUCACAUUAAACAAAAAAAACAAUAUCCGCUAAACUAUAAAUGGUGUUUGCACAUCCACAAUCUCUCCUAACACUAAAUUAACCUGAGUGUUAUUUCAACUUUGUUGUUGUUGGCAACAGUAACAAACUGAAAUAGAGAAGUGCUAACUGAAAAGUCUGAAUGAAAAAACAUGAUGUAAAACCAGUGGCUGACUGUCAGAGCUCAGUAUGGGCUCAGACGAUUGAAAGUAAAAAGCAGCAUAUUUUUGCCUUCACAGAGUACUUAACCUAUAUGUUAAAACCGACUUAGAUAGACUUGUGAAACUGUAUUCCCAAGUUUGAUUCAUACCUAAAGAAGGUUCAGGCCAGAGGAGUGAACAGGGAUUUGCAUUUUGCAGCUUUUUCAGUUCAAACAAAUGAAAAACAUAAACCUGCAAUAAUACCAUCAAAAUAAUUUUUAUGAUUCUUAAAUCAGAUAUGCAAGAACACUGCUACACAUCAACCGUUUUCCCUUGAUGGAAAAAUGUACUCCUCUCUUCAGCAGGUCAGUGGACAGCUGAUGAUUUAACGUUUGUAAAGGUUUUUAUUAGUUGUACUUUGUUGGCUCAUGACAGCGAAGUGAAUGAGAAUGCAAGGUCUUGUUUGUUUAUAUCUUUCAUUUUUAUUGGCCGUCUUAUCAAUGUGCAGCAAGGAAUGUUUCUCAAGAUGCAAACAGCUUUCUGAAUGUUUUUUUCUUCCUGUUUCUGGGGAUGUUUUCCUGUUGGAAAAGAUCCUCUACAUCCAAGUUUCAUUCAUUCUCUACAAUCAAUGGUUUGGCUGUUGUAGAUUGGCAGGCCCAAAAGGUUAGAUACAAACUGAAGUUCACAUUGAAUAACAGUUGACUGGUUUUGUUUGUAGACUGGUUUAAACUUCGGUCGUUUUGUGUCGCAUCAUGGAAGUACCCAGAGAAUGUUUAUGUAUGAAAUAUUAAGGACAUCUUUUUCUCUACAGUUUUUUUACGGCCCAGUGUUUACAUUUAUGUCAGAGAAGUUCUCUUUUUUGUAACAUCAUGUGCCUAAGAAUAAA